GUGGCGAGGACGUGUCAACAGGCAGACAGUGUGGACAUGUCUGACAUGUUGGUGUGGACGCCCAGCAGUAAUGUCCACAAUCAAUUGGAUGAAUACAUCACCAUCGCUAAAGACAAACACGGAUACAACAUGGAACAGGCCCUGGGUAUGUUGUUUUGGCACCAGCACAACGUGGAGAAGUCCUUGGCCGACCUUCCAAACUUCACCCCCUUCCCUGACGAGUGGAGCGUGGAGGACCGGGUUCUGUUCGAGCAGGCCUUCAGCUUCCACGGGAAGAGCUUCCGCCGCAUCCAGCAGAUGCUCCCUGACAAGUCCAUGGCCAGCCUGGUGCGCUUCUACUACUCGUGGAAGAAGAGCCGCACCAGGACCAGUGUGAUGGACCGACACCACCGCAGAGUCAAGCGGGAUAAAGACGACAGUGAUGACGAGAGUCGUGGAAACGCUGCCAGUGAUUUGGAGUCCACUCACAUCAAAGACGCCCCCAAGGAGUUGACUUCUGGGACCUGUGACAAGUCAGAGGUGAAAACUGCUGUUGGACUCAAAUCAGCAGGCGUCAGAGCGUCCCACAGGGCCAAGAAACGUCCACCCAGAGGAAUGUUUCUGAAGCAGGAUGACGUGGCUUCACUGUCCUCUUCCACGUGUGCUCAUGGCGUCCUGCGACACCUUGAUGCUCAGCUCAUGACUGUCAAGAGACAGGUUCAGAGCAUGAAACAGGCCAACAGUAUUCUGAAGGAGAAGCUGGACUGUGGAGUGGAUAAGUUCAGACAAGCUGAGGUGAGCUGGAAGGUAAACAGUCGCUGGAGUACAGAGGAGCAACUGUUGGCAGUUCAAGCCAUCAGGAAAUAUGGGCGGGACUUCCAGGCCAUCUCUGAUGUGAUUGGUAACAAGUCGGUGGUCCAGGUGAAGAACUUCCUGGUCAACUACAGACGCAGGUUCAACCUGGAUGAGGUUCUUCACGAGUGGGAGAAGGAGAACGGCGUGGAGGGCGGGGUCAGUCUCGACGGCGACAAAAUGGAGACGGGACUUGAUGAUGAUGACGUGUCCAUCGACAUGACCCUCGCCGACGGAUCGUCUGACCGUUGACAUGUAAAGAUGUGACCCCGCCCCCUUCAGCGUCCAAGCAUGUUGUUGUUUUUUGAAACAGUGACAUCAUUGCUACUUUGUUGCUAUGGAAAUACUUCAUAUUUUAUUACAUACAUUUUUUUCUUUUGAUGUUAUGAGAAAAUAAAAAUCAUAUCAAAUGUCAUCUUUAUAAAGUAGGUGUCUGUGGGUGUGUAUAUGUAUGUAUAUAUGUUUGUAUAUGCAUAUAUAUCAAAUCAAUAAAACAAAUAAUUAUGUGCAUAUAUAUUAUAUGUACAUGCAUCUAUCUAGGUGUAUAUGCAUAUAUAUGGGCAGAAUGUUGGCGCAGUGGUUCGUGCUCGUGCCUUACACUAUGGAUUCGGGGUCUUAUAGAUCAGUGGUUCUCAAAUGGGGGUACGCGUACCCCUGGGGGUACUUGAAGGUUUGCCAAGGGGUACGUGAGAUUUUUUUUAAAUGUCUGUCCAAAAGAACUGUGAAAAGAAAUGCAACAAUGAAAUAUUCAGUGUUGACAGCUAGAUUUUUUGUGGACAUGUUCCAUAAAUAUUGAUGUUAAAGAUUUAUUUUUUUGUGAAGAAAUGUUUAGAAUUAAGUUCAUGAAUCCAGAUGGAUCUCUAUUACAAUCCCCAAGGAGGGCACUUUAAGUUGAUGAUUACUUCUAUGUGUAGAAAAUCUGUAUUUAUAAUUGAAUCACUUGUUUAUUUUUCAACAAGUUUUUAGUUAUUUUUAUAUAUAUUUUUCCAAAUAGUUCAAGAAAGACCACAACAAAUGAGCAAUAUUUU